AUGUCGAUAAGGAGGCACCAGUGGGACAACAAUGGGGGAAAUGUCCAAUUCGAAGGCACUGCGACACAUUCCACCUUCAUUCAAAACAUCGGAGACCAAGACCGACAAAGCAGGGAUCGCUGCCGCGAAUACUUCGCAGUGACGGAUCCGCGCGACGUCAAGACAAACAUCCACCAGACAAGAGGGGCGCCCCUCAAAGAGUCCUAUGAAUGGAUCCUCCACCACCACCAGUUCCAGUGUUGGCGCGACGGUAACAACAGUAACGACAGUCAGGUCCUUUGGAUCAAGGGGGAUCCUGGUAAAGGCAAGACAAUGCUACUCUGUGGCAUCAUCGACGAGCUUAACCCGACCAUAGAAAUAGCAGAUUCCCAAGCCAAGACAUUCCUGUCUUUCUUUUUCUGUCAAGCCACUGUUCCUAAGCUGAGUAACGCUCAUGCUGUCUUACGUGGGUUGAUCUAUAUGCUUGUGGACACACAACCAUCAUUUCUCUCUCUUAUACAGAAAAGGUUCAAUCAAAAUGGGGAGCCACAAUUUGGGGGUGCGGAAGCAUGGGCUGCAUUGUGCAAUAUGUUCUUAUGUAUCUUGCGCGCCUGUACCACGGACAAGAUCUACAUUAUAGUUGAUGCUCUGGACGAAUGCGUACAGGACCAAGAUAAACUGUUACAGCUUAUUCUCCAGGAGACAAGGGGAUUACCGCACGUCAAAUGGAUCAUAUCCAGCCGGAACCACGUUAAUCAGCGCAUAAGGCUUGACGACUCGCAGUCAAUACUGAGCCUGGAACUGCAGGAAAACGCCGAAGCUGUGUCUCUGGCCAUCGGAGCUUACAUCUCGAACCGGUUAGCGGAACUUGAGUCUCUGGAGGAGGAUGAUACUUUGCUGGAAUAUGUUCAGCAGACCCUCGAGGAGAAAGCCGAAGGAACGUUUCUCUGGGUGGCGCUCGUCGUCCAGGAACUUCGGGGCGUUGAUAGCUGGGACGUGAAGCAAGUGGUGGAUGAAGUGCCGACAGGGUUGGAUGAUAUGUAUGCGCGAAUGAUAGACCAGAUCGAACAGGAAGCGCCUCGAACCCGAAAGUUUUGCCACUUGGUCCUCUCAGCUGCUACCCUGGCCUAUCGGCCGCUUCAGCUACUGGAGCUAGGGGCAGUGUCGGGACUCCCUGACGAGAUCGCCGGAAAGGCGAAAAGUCUUGUGACGAUGAUCAAGAGGACCGGCUCGUUCCUCACGGUCCGCGACGAAAGCAUCUACUUUGUGCAUCAGUCUGCCAAGGACUAUCUAAUCGGAAAGGGCGCGCAGAGUAUCUUCUCGGCUGGCCCUACGGUUGCCCAUCGCCGAAUGUUCACGCAGUCCCUCCAGGUCGUGAAGAAGGCGUUACGGCGGGAUAUGUAUAGCCUAGGAGCCCUGGGUACUCCUAUCAAGCAAGCCCAGCCACCUAAUCCGGAUCCGCUUGCAGUCGCACGAUACUCGUGUGUCUACUGGGUCGACCAUCUACGAGAAAGCGGAUCAUACGAAGAUCUCAAGGAGGGUGGUACUGUCGACACGUUUCUUCGAACGCAGUGUCUCUACUGGCUCGAGGCACUGAGCCUCCUGCGAAGCAUAUCGGAUGGAAUUAUGUCGAUACAGAGACUGAAGGAUCUCGUAUUGGAACGACCGACAGCAGCCAAACUGAGCAUCCUCGUCCAAGAUACAUAUCGAUUCAUUCUGUACCACCGAAUGGCGAUCGAGAACAGCCCCCUACAGGCGUACGGUUGUGGGCUUGUAUUUAGUCCAUCGCGGAGUUUGAUUAAGAAGUUGUUCUGGCACGAGCGGCCCAAAGAUGUCACGAUGAUGCCGCCAAUGGGAAAUGACUGGGAUGCGCACACCGGGGCAUGCCUGCAGACGCUGGAGGGCCAUGAUAGCUAUGUCAACUCAGUGGUGUUCUCCCCCGACGGCAGCCGCGUCGCGUCCGGGUCUUCGGAUAACACGAUCAAGAUCUGGGAUGCGCACACCGGGGCCUGCCUGCAGACGCUAGAGGGCCAUGGCGACUGGGUCAACUCAGUGGUGUUCUCCCCCGAUAGCAGCCACGUCGCGUCCGGGUCGGAGGACGAGACGAUCAAGAUCUGGGAUGCGCACACCGGGGCCUGCCUGCAGACGCUGGAGGGCCAUGGCGACUGGGUCAACUCAGUGGUGUUCUCCCCAACGGCAGCCGCGUCGCGUCCGGUGGUGUUCUCCCCCGACAGCAGUCGCGUCGCGUCCGGGUCUUUGGACAAGAUGAUCAAGAUCUGGGAUGCGCACACCGGGGCCUGCCUGCAAACCCUAAAUGUUGGCAAUUAUGUGAAUAUUCUUUCCUUCGACACCACCAACUCCUCUCUUCACACUAGCGUUGGGAUUUUUCCCCUUCGUGGCUCAGCAACACCUAAUCCUAGGCCUCCGACUAAAGUGUCCGCGUUAGACCUCCAAUCACCUAGUGCAAAUCAACUGCCGCAACCCCCCGAAUAUCAAGGCUACGGUAUCAGUUUCGAUAGACUCUGGAUCACGCGGCGUUCACAGAACUGGCUCUGGCUGCCUCCCACCUAUCGCCCGACCAGUUCGGCUGUAGGAAAGUCCGGAAUAGCGGUGGUGCUUGGCUGCCCGUCUGGACGUGUUUUGAUCUUCGGAUUCGCGACUGGGGGUGCCGACUGA